GUCUGCAACCAGGAAGUUAAGCAGACUCUGUAGCUGUAAACUGUUCAAGAUUUUUUACACGUGGAAAUUAUUUGGAUUUUAUAAAUCUCAUAUUAGUUUAAUGUAUCAACCGAUGACAUUUUCAUGACAUGACCGUACACACUGUGUUUUUACUUGGGAGAUGGUGUGCCAUUUAAUCGGAUAAAUCACUAUUCGGACACAGAAAUUAGAGCAAGCCCGGAAGACAUUUUACCAGUGCAGGGCUUGUGGGCUUGUGUUAAUUUCGACCACUGUACUCCCAACCUCAAGAUGGCUGACCAAGACGAUGAUGAACACUAUGAAAUUCUUCAGGAGCACUUUUACCUGCUUAGCAGGUACUUGUUGCCGGAAGAUUUUCUUGAUGCCUUGCUAAGCCAUAAUGUCAUCAACAUCGAUGAAAAGGAGCUGAUAAUGAAUCAAUAUGUUAACCAGAAUCGCAGACAACGAGCAAACAAGUUCAUAGAGAUUCUUAUGACGAAGGGAGCGAGGGGAUACAAAAAGUUUGUGGAGUUGUUGGAAUACAGAUGUCCCCAUGUAUAUGAGGAACUAACAGGAAAUAAACCAAGGGACCCUCCCUCGGAUUUCCAGCGAAACCGUCAGAGUGAUAGACUGCGGAUUAUCCAUGAGUUACCGAACCUGCUAGAACACAUCAUCAAGGACCGCUACCUCGACAAUUCUGAGCUAGAAAUGCAACUAUCAACAUUUCAGUCUCUUUUAAAAGAAGCAAAAGAUGAGAACAUGGCCCUGGAGAAAGAGUUGGAGACUUUGAAGAGUGUGCGUUGUGAAAAUGAACAGCUGCGGCAUAAAAUUGGUGAUAUGAACAAAACUGUCAGCACCAUGAAUGACGAAAAUCAUAGAUGGAUGAAGAAGGCGUAUGACCACUCAGAACGUGAGAAUGAGCUGAAAGAUUUGAAUCAGGAGUUGAGAAUCAAAUAUGACGAACUACAGCAAAAACAAGCAGAGUCUCAGAAUUUACCACAUCAACCACAACCACCUCAAAAGCAUCCUGAUCUACCAUCCACUGUUCAGACUAGGAUUGGGCAGCACAUCGCAGAACAGAAAAACAUUUUACAAGAUCAAGUGGCAGAGUUACAGAUGCAUAGUGAGGAGUUAACAAAACGUUUUCAAAAUUCGGAUGAAGAAUGCAGAAAACUCAACGAGAAAGUCAGUGAGCUGAAGCGGGAAGUGUUCACGCUCUCGAGUAUAAAAAGGACCUUAGAAAAACAGAAGAAGAAUGCCGACAAGCAAUGUGACUUGUACCAUGCACAGAUUAUGGAGAAGGGCACGGAAAUUGUGGAGUUACAGACACAGCGUAUACAAGACACCAGAAGAUUACACGAUCUUCAGCAGCAAAAAAACAGGUGGAUUGAUGAGAAACAUGAAGCUGAGAAAGAAAAUCAGCGGCUUCGUAAUGAGAUCGAUCUACUUAGAUGCCAGAUUAGGAGUUCGGGAAGUAGCCAGGCUAGCUGCACAUCUGAAGAAGAGGAAUCCAAAUUGGAGGGUUCGAGCAAAAACAAAUCUAAAAUAUUUACGCGAAAAGUACAAAUUCAGAAACAGUACAGUGGAGAGAAGUUUGCCGAAAUUCUUGCUCAGCAGCGACAACAGAAAGCACAAAGAAAAAUGUCCACAGAAACACCCGCUGAAGACAAUAAAGAUUUAACUGAUGUUCAAAAAGCCAGCACCUUGCCAUCCUUUGCCAAGGAAUCACCAGAGGACUUAUUCAAUAAAGAGGUGGCUUGGUUCCGAUAUUCCCGAAAUGACUAUGCUACCAAUAAACCAAGAUUGGAGCAGUCUGACUCCAUGAUUCCUCACUUGAGUGAGAGCAUUGGGAGUCGGACUUAUGAUAUGGGAAUUCGUGAUGACUUUGUGAAUCAUGUUGAGCCGUUGAACGACUUUAACCGUCCUUUAAGACCAGGUCCGGUUACACAUACUGAAGACCAUGAUGAAAACAGCGUGACAGACAACUCAAGCUCUGUGUAUGUUGCAAGAAAGUCUGACGAUUCUUCCCCUCCUUCUCCUUGCCGGACCCAGCAUUUUCAGGGGUCACAUCAUGAUUUUAGUGAGUCAUCACAGGGGUCAAAACUGUCCCAUGAGCCCGGACAGGGGGCCCAAGGGGGUGGAGAAAGCCCUGGGGUUAUGAGACGAGACAGCGAAGAUUCUCAGAGAAAGAAACAGAAUUACUUGAAAACGUUUGGUAUGUACAAGUCAAAAGAAAAAGCACUGGAUGACCCUUCAGAAUCUGAGGACAGUGAUCCAAAUGUGUUUGUAGGGCCGUCUGUACUCCAACCUUCAGAGAUUGUCACAGACUUCCCCUGCCUUGAGGUUGACAAGGAUCUAUUUCCCAAAGCCAUCACUGUCAUUAAAAAGCCUGGCCUUCCAGAAAAAGCCAUGAACAUUUUUCGAGACAUCAAAUUCCCAGUGUUUGGUGAGAAAAGAUUGGAAAUCAUUGGUGGAAAUCAUACUGGAUUCUUCAUCAGCAAAGUUAACUUUGAAACUCAGAACUUUUCAACAGCUGAUAAGAUAUUGUCCAUUAAGUACAGUAAGGUGAAGGUUGAUGCCUGUGUUUGCUGUCUUGAUGAUGUGCACCAGUUGCUCUCUGAUCAGACUAUCCAACCACAUAAGAAGAAGGAUAUUACACUAGAAGUUCGCAGAUCUGAAAAAGAGUUUGCCCUUGCAUGCAAAUGGAUGGACGAAAACCAUGGCAGUGGAGAUUAUUUUUACAUCAAGUGUAAUGUAAAGGUCUCCAAUCAUGAUGAUGCUGAUCCAUUCAGCCUAAGUCCUGGUGACAUUUUCCUUGUAAAGGUAUCACACCCACACGACCGAUCACAAGUCUGGGGCGGUCACUUGGUUAAUCCCUUGUCAGGGCGACACAAUAGCGAAUCUCUCUGCUGGAUUCCAGAUCUCAAAAAGGCUGAAAUCUGUCGCCUGCCUCGCAGCACGAGCACAGACGAAUGCAAAAAGUUGCGUGAAGGUGGAGUGAGGUUAAAAGGAAGAGCCUAUGAAUUUGUUCUUCCAAUGAGAGCUUGUGUGAAGUUGCCUGUCUACAUCGUUUGCCAUGAUGAACAGUUGGCCACAGCCCUUCUGGGUCUCUUGUCCAAGAGUCUGCCACCCAAGGACUUUGUAGUUGAUGUUGGUGGAUUCCAUGGAAAUUUUGAAUCAACAGAUCUGAACAGACGGAAGCACAAUUCAAAGGACCAGCAUCUGGUUAGACGUCAUCAUGAGGAGUUCAAGAACCAUUUCUGUGCAUCAAAGAUGAUCCAAGUCCUUCUUAAUAUCACAUGCACCGCUAGUGCAAGCGCCAACAGGACACAGUAUGGUGCAGGGUUUGAUAUUGAGUUCUCCAGUGAUGCAGUAACAAGAUCACAACGAGAUAAAGAAAAACUUCUUGAAAAGGGCCAAUAUUUCGAGGAGUUGUCCUUGCCUGACAUAGCCAACAGAGAGGAAUUGGUUGACAAGUUCAAGUCAUGCAUUAAUUCAGCGCAGCGCCGCAUCUUGUGGCUCACAGAAUCAGAGCUUGACCCAGAGGUUGUGAAGAGUAAUUGUUCCUACCUGAUUCAAGAUGUGACAGACAUGCAGACCAAUAUUCAGCAAGCUCUGUCCAUUAUAAGCUAGUAUAUUUGUUACAGUGUGUUGUAUGAGUUUUUUUAGCUUGCUGGAUUUUUAAGGGAUUUUGUAUCAUAGUUAUGGUUAAGGCAGUGUCAAGUGUUGAGCAAAAAAUUUAACCAUGUGGGUUGUUAUCUCAAAAACUGUCAUGUAAUAUGAUUAACAUGAAACUUGCUAAUCAUGUUCACUUUGACAAAAUACGCAUUUUUAACAAGUUCAUUAAAGCUUGUGGCUGAAAUAGUUGGCGAAUGUGUUGAUCAAACAACUGAAACAGUACCAGACAGGUUUUAGAAUCCAUUUGUUGUGUCGUGAAUGUUUACAGUUUCUUGUUUGUGUUGUUAGAUGUUUGUCAUGAACCUUGUUUGUGUUAAUGGAUUGUUUGUUACUGACCUUGUUUUGGUGUCGGUGUUUACUCUGAGUAUUAUAUUUAGUUCUUACACCAAUAACAGCACAUUGGUAUCACCAUGCAAUCAUUCAAUGAGAGGCAGUUCGCCCUGUUCUGAAGUUACAUUCCAUAUUAAGAUCACAUCUAAUUAAACCAGAACAGAGCUGAAGGAAACUAAUGGAGAUCACGGAUUAUCUCCGAUUGAGUUCAGGCAAAAAUCCUCAAUUCUAGUUAAGCAGAAAUUAAAGAUAGUGUGUAAAUUAUAAGUUGUCGAUAUACCUCACGUGACCUGCCCAUGCUAAAUUAUCAUAUACACGACAUUAAUCAAUCCAAUCUGUUACGUUGACAAAACGCUUUUCACCAGGUGAUAUUAUUAAUGUUACCCUCCUGUGUAUCUAUAAUAAGACACUUGGAAUUUCUAAGGGGCCAAUUUCCAAUACAGUCAACCAUUUGCAUUUUUGGACCAACAACUUGCCCUCUUGUGUAAAGAAACAGAUUGUAAACUGAUCAACAAACUUGUUUUUUUUAUGUUUCAUUAAUUUUAAAAUGAAAUUUGAAUUUCUUUAUAAAUGUACCAGUAAAUUUGUUAAAUUGAAAAUCUGUGUUCGAAGACACAUACGACAAAUCUAACAAAUAGAAAUUUCAAUAAACCAGAAACGGUUUAUCACAGUGAAGUUAUUUAUAAUGCUUGAAAAAAUAAUUCACUUCAUACUUGAUAAUUAUGAUCUUGUUGACUCCUUAUAUAAUUGAAAUCCAUGGUUUAUAUAUAUGUAUUAACCUACACCAGAUUUUUUACAUCAUGUAAUUUGCUAAAAUGGUGACCAGUAUUUUAGUAUUGAAAUAAACAGUCCAGCAAAAGGUUGAAAAGUAUAAUAAUUUUUUAUCCAGACUUACUGCCUCAGCAUAUUUGUACAAUCUGCUUGUUAUCCCCCGCCGAAUCGAAGGUUUCGGGAUGAGGAUAUUGUUUUGGCGUUGUCUGUCAUUCUGUCCGUCCGUCCAGAACCAUAUUUUGGUAGGCAUUGAUAAAACAAUGUUCAAACUUGGUCAGAAUGUUCCCCUUGAUCAUAUCUCGACCACUUGUAAAAGUGGGUCACAUAGGGUUAAAAACUAGGUCACUAGGUCAAACCUUAGAAAAAAUCUUAGGACACAAACUAGAGGCAUUAUACAUGGUCAAAUAUUCAUAAAACUUAAUCAAAAUGUUUUGCUUGAUGAAUUCUUGGACGCAUAUAAAACUGGAUGACAUAUGAUCGAAAAUAAGGUCACUAGGUCAAACCUUCAAAUAAUUCCAAACAAACUCAAACUUACAUCCAAACUUAAUAACGGUCCAUUUCUUUGCAGCCAUAUGACAUGUUAAUAUAGGAUUAUUCCACCUACUUUUCAUUUCCAAUCCAUGAACUUUGCCUAACCAGGCGGGGGAUAUCAAUUCAACGAAUUUGCUUGUUAUCCAUAUUUUUGUAGUUUUAUGGUAUUUUAUUUUCAGUGAAGUUUAGCUUAUUUGCAUUUAUAUAUUUUUUAUAUAUCGUUUGUCUUUUGAAAAAAAGUCACGGUAUUGUCAUAGCUUUGGUGUCUUUGUCCUCGGUACCAAUUUCCUGCGCAGUGAUCUCCCCUGACAAGCAGAAUAGAUAACUGCCACCAUGAUAGAGCAAAGCUGGAUUUUAGCUAUAUAUAAUACAUAUACUUUAUAUAAAGAAAUAAAUGUUUUUUUUCCUCCCCUCUCAUUUUGGAUAGGUUUUUCAAAUUAUAAAAAGAUAAAGACAGUCUACAUAUUAGGCCAAUUUUUUCCCCUUAAUUUCUAGGUAGGGUAGGUAGGGAUUUAAAAAAAAAAAAAUCAAAAUCUGUCGUAAGUUUCGAGUGUUUUCUUACACAUGGCAGUCUUUCCUACAUUACUGUCAUUGCCUGACUUUGUUUUAUCAUAUAAACAAUAAUUCUGAUUAAAAUCUGCAUUUAUCCGCCCUUCGUAACUCUAUUCGCUAACGAAUAUUUUUUUUGCUCAGAAACAGAAAAAAAAAUAGUUAGGGUCGGCGCAUUUUUAUAGGUAGGGUCGGGUUACCCGAAACGGACAUAUUUUUUAGGCCUUAUAUAUGGUAACGAGAUGUGCAUGGUGGCAGUGAUUCUUUGUCAGCAGUGACCAAACACUUCAAUCUUGGCCAUAACUCAACGCCGUUCAAGAGAGCAGUCAUUUGAAAUUAAAAAUGGAUGAACAAGCCCAAAUCCUUACAUUGGUCCAAAGCAUCAAAAUCAUUAAAAAGCCUUGCAAUAUGAAAUCCAGAAUUUGAGCAAGCCCAGUUGUCAUUUUACCAGAAGAGAGCUUGCGGGGUUGUGCUAAUUUCAAUCACUGAGAUAGUGAAAUGAAACUUUUAUUACAAAUUGUGUCAAAGGCAAUGUGCACAUUUUUAGCAAGGCCCAUUACAGCUGAAACCCUGCUGGCUCAAACUCCCAGCGAAAAGGCGAAAAUACCUUAAGCCAUGGAAAAUUUGAGCAAAGCAGGAAUGUUUGCAUUCCGUAUAAAGAAAUCGGUCCUUUACAUCGAGUUCCUGUUAACGAGAAAUUCUAAUCAAGCGAGUUCGAACCAACGGGGUUUGACUGUACUUAAUAUUUUUAUUAUUAUUAUUGAGCUAUGUCCCUUUUUGGACAACAGACAGUGUUAGCGUUCCGUUCUUAUGCAUAUUUUUAUGCUAUUUACUGAUAACAUAUUUGUGUUUUAUAUAAACAUUUGUUUUUAAAUUCAGACAUAUUUAUUAUAUAUAAUAAACUUACAAAUUAAA